CGCGCUCCCCAGGGGCGGGCGGAAGUGCCGGCGGCGCGGCGGCCGCGCACCGGAAGCGGCGGUGGCAGUUUCCGGGCGGCUCCGUGGCAGGGCGGGCGGCGGGCGCGACCAUGGUGCUGCUCACGAUGAUCGCCCGCGUGGCGGACGGGCUCCCCCUCGCCGCCUCCAUGCAAGAGGACGAGCAGUCAGGCCGCGACCUGCAGCAGUACCAGAGCCAGGCGAAGCAGCUCUUCCGCAAGCUGAACGAGCAGUCCCCGACGAGAUGCACGCUGGAGGCGGGAGCCAUGGCUUUCCACUACAUCAUCGAGAAAGGAGUGUGUUACCUGGUCCUGUGUGAAGCUGGAUUCCCCAAGAAACUGGCCUUUGCAUACCUGGAAGACUUGCACUCAGAGUUUGAUGAGCAGCAUGGCAAGAAGGUUCCAACGGUCUCCAGGCCCUAUUCCUUCAUUGAAUUUGACACCUACAUCCAGAAAACCAAGAAGCUCUACAUUGAUAGCCGGGCGAGGAGGAACCUGGGCUCCAUCAACACAGAGCUGCAGGAUGUGCAGAGGAUUAUGGUGGCCAACAUCGAGGAGGUCUUACAGCGAGGAGAGGCCCUGUCAGCUCUUGAUUCCAAGGCCAACAACUUGUCCAGUUUGUCCAAGAAGUACCGCCAGGACGCCAAGUACCUGAACAUGCGCUCCACGUACGCCAAGCUGGCGGCCGUAGCCGUGUUCUUCAUCAUGCUGAUUGUCUAUGUGAGGUUCUGGUGGCUGUGAGCUGGCCCAGCCGUGGAAGAGGGAAAGCCAGUAGCCUGGCAGGUGGAUGUGUGCAGGACACUGCUCAUGGGGGAUGUGCAUUAGAAUCCACACAGGACCACCACCUUCGCGGGAGUGUCCUGGAGUUGUUAGGUGACACCUGGCUACUGCAUCCCUUAGUGGAGCCUAACAAUAGGUGUGAAGGCUUGUUGACUGCAGGCUUUUCCUCUGAGGCAGUUUGCACUGGGAUACUGCCGAGUUUGGCCUCCCAAGGUUCUUCCCCCUCCCGGGGCACUCUGGGAACAGUCAAUCAGUGCUGUUUAGCAUAAUCAUAUUGUACAUCCUCCUGUUGAGUAGCUCUAGUGGGAACUGGACUCUAAUGAACAUUCCUUGUGUUGGUAAUGUUUGCUUUUUUUAGAAUCUGGGUCUGCAGUUCUUUUUCUUUCUUUUUCAAGACUCCCCUGUUUGCAGGCAAGUAUUUCACUGUACAUAAACCAGCUUUCACCUCUGUCAGAAUACCUGUUGAGUGUUUUGUGUCUGACAUCCUGGCUUGUUACACUUUAAAUUGCUUUAGGAAGAAAUGGAUGUUAAACUAUGCCUUAAAACACAUUCUGUCCAGUGCUAGGAGGGGCAGUGGAAGGCUUCUGUGUUAACUGGUUCCUGCAAAAUUAAACUCCAGGUUUCUAAGUGUCCACUCUCCCUCUCCUGACAGCUGUGUGUGACAGUGUGUUUCCACAUGAACAGGGUGUGUAAUUCAAUGCUGUUGGGACGGGCACAGUGCAAACUAUGUCAGCACUCUAUUUUCCCCUUCUAGCUGCAGAUUCACUACAUUAUUUCCUUCCUUUUUAUAACUGUGCUUUCCUUCCAAAAUGUGUCAAAACUGCCAGCAUUUCAUCUCUGGGAUCCUUGUUUUCUUUCUCCCUCUUUCCCUCACCCAAAACAACCAAAAAACCAAAACUCUGAAUGUUGUCGUGAAGAAAAGGCAGUGUUUCUGUAAAGAACACUUUACAUGAAGGAUUAGGAUACCUUCAAAACAGUGGAAUCCUUUAGAAACACCACCUCUUUUACCCGUGGACACCUUCUCCCUACCUCACUUGGGAAGUUGAAACUGUAGGUGAAGAAAAACUCAUUAUGGGACAAUAGUAUAGAGCUUCUUCUUUCUUAUGGGCCAAUCUCUAUGUCACCAGUGUAAUGUGAUUUUUUUAUAAUUAUUUUUGGCCAACCUGUGCUGAGAUUAACAUUUUAGCAGAUUUUGGUUUUAUUAAAAAAAGAAAAAAAAAAAGGAGAGAGAGAAAAAAGAAACCCUACAGCUCCUGCACUCUGCUGCACUCGAGUGUCUGCCACUUGAUAGAGGAAGCAGGUGGUGUCACAGAAGGAAGUGUCAGGACUUCCCAGCACCUUUUACAAGCACAUAACCUUGUGUAGUUCUGGAUGUAUAAACUGUGACCUGGAAGUGUUUCCUGACAUGGGAUGGGAAACACAGCUGUUGUCCUGUCUGGGAAUGCUGCCCAACGUGGCACCUUGUUGGACUGGCAGAAUGCAGUCAAGCACUCGUCCACCGAUGAACCCAGCAACUCUGAGCUGCCAUAUAGUCUAAAGUAAUCCGGUUUCUGCAUGAUGCCUCUAAGUGUUACUUUGUAGGUUGCUUUAUUAUAAUUAUUAUAAUGAUUUUAAGUCCUUUUGAGUGGUGUCCCUACCAGGUGAAUGUCCCAGUGAUGUAGGUCUGUGUAACCUAGGUGCUGGAAGGUCUCACCGCUCAGACACCGACCGUCCGUGGAUUGUUGUGAUUGAGGGGGUGAUGUUUCUGCAGCACGGGGCAGCUCAGGGAGCAGCUGCCCUCUGCAGCCCCAGUGUCUGCAGUGAAAUAAAUGCUUCUGAAAAAUCCCC